AUGACUACAAAUAUAUAAGUGAUAUGUCGAUUUAGACCUCCAAUAUCUGGAUAGGUUGAAAGUUAAAUCUACUUUGCAGAUGAAAAAAGUGUUCUUAUAGAAAAUCAACAAUUCAAUUUCGAUCAUAUAUUUCAUCCAGGAAAAUAAAUAGAUGUAUUUAAGGUGGCAGCUGAGCCAGUAAUAAAAGGAGUCUUAGAGGGAUUUAAUGGGACUGUAGUAGCUUAUGGCUAAACUGGAUCUGGAAAGACUCAUACAAUGGAAGGGACGACUGGAGAUGAUUAAGGAAUAAUAAAAAGAAUGGUCAAUACAGUGUUUGAUUAUAUAGAAGCUAGUCCAGAUUAUGUAGAGUAUCGAAUAAAAAUAUCAGUGACUGAGUUAUAUAUGGAAAAGGUGAGAGACUUAUAAAACAUAAAAAAAACAGAUCUAAAAAUUAGAGAGGAUAAAAAUCAUUCAACAUAUAUUGAAGGAGUAACUGAAACUUCAAUAGCAGAUUAAUCAGAAAUAUAUGAUAUAUUAAAAAUGUGCAAUGCUAAUAGAAUGAUAGCAAGCACUAAUAUGAAUGAAUAAUCAUCUAGAUCACAUAUGAUAUUUUUAAUGACAGUAUAAUCAAUAGACUUAAGAGAUUAAUCUGCUAAAACAGGUAAACUAUUUUUAGUAGAUUUGGCGGGUAGUGAAAAGGUAUCAAAGACUGGAGCAGAAGGGAAAAUCUUAGAUGAAGCAAAAGGAAUAAAUAAAUCAUUGUCUGCUUUAGGUUAGGUGAUUAAUGCAUUAACAGAUGGGAGUUAACAUGUACCAUAUAGAGAUUCUAAAUUAACAAGAAUAUUAUAAUGUUCUUUUGGUGGUAAUAGUAGAACAACACUUAUUAUAACAUGUUCUCCUGCUUAAUUUAAUUUGUAGGAGACUCUUUCAACUUUAAGAUUUGGAGUAAGAGCUAAAGCAAUUAAGAAUAAGCCAAAAAUAAAUAAAGAACAUACUGUUGAAGAAUUAAAAAUGAUUGUUUAAGAGAAGGAAAGAGAAAUAUUAUUAUUAUAGGAAUAAUUAUCACAAUUUAAAAAAGGUAUAGUGAUAAGUGAAGAAGAUAAGGAGAUUUUGAAAGAUAUUUAAGAGGAUAUUAAUUUUGAUGUUCCAAACAAUAAUGAAUAAUUAUUAUAAAUGUAAUAGAUAAUGGCAAAAUAUGAGUAAGAAAUAGAGAUGUUUAAAUAAUCUUAAUUUAUAAAUUAAUAGAAGGAAAUAGAAUUAAGAAAUUAAUUAAGAAUAAAAGAGGAUGAAAUGCAAGAAAGUAAUUAUUAGAAUAAUAUAAUUAAUAGAGAUUUAAGAUUAUGAACAUCAAUAUAUGAGAAUGGAGACUGAUUAUUAAAAAAAGUUAUCUAAUAUUCAAAGAACUUUGUCUUAAAAACUUGGUUAAAAUGGAGAUAAAGACAUUUUUGAGGAUGAUUAGGUAUUGACUCUUAUUGACAAUUAUGUAAAAGAUAGAGUUACAUCUAAAUUAAAAUAGAUUACUUAUUUAUAUAAGAAACAUCAUAAGGAUUAAUUAAAUGAAUAAUUAAUGGCUUUUUUGACAGACGAUAAAAAGGAAUUCAAUAUACAAAGUAAUAAAAAAAAUAAUAUUUAUUAAGAUGAUUAAUUGGCUGAAUUACAUACAUAAGUAGCUUAAUUAAAGAAAUAGAAUUUGGAAUUAUAGACUGAUAAUACUAGUUAAUAAGAACUUUUAGAAACUUUAGAAAAGACUUAAUAGCUUUUAGAUGCUGAAAAAGCAAAGUCAUUAAAAUUAGAGAAUUAAUUAGCUAAAAGUAUAAAUGAUGAAUAUUCAUAGAUAUUAGGAAUUAUGAUGAAAAAUGCAAAGAAUUAAAUAUUAAUAUUGAGAAAAUGUUAGAAGGAGUACAUUAAGUGAUUAAUUAAAAAUAAAAGUAUUAAAGAGAUUGUUAAAGAUUAAAGAAAUUGAUUGAUGAUAGAUAACUCAAAAUCUUUGUACUUUUAAUAUUUAAAUAUAAAUUAGAAAUUAUCAGAAGAAGUAAAUAGACUUAGUGUAGAAAAUCAGAAAUUGUUUGUGAAAUAUGAUUAAUUAAAAGAAUUACAAAGAUUGGAAAAGAAUUCAUUAUUAGAUACAUCUGAAGUUAAUUCUUCAUUUAGACAAAACAAAAAGAUAUAUAAAUGUUUGAAAGGAGGUACCAAAAAUCCUAUAACAUAAUAAAUUAUAGGUAAAGAGAAUGUUUCAGAAGAUGAAAAAUGA